GCUCAGCCGACGCGACGCAGACUCAAAAAUCAUGGCGGACGAAGUGGAGCAGCAACCGACCACCAACACAGUGGAGGAGCCUCUCGAUCUGAUCAGACUCAGCCUCGAUGAGCGGAUCUACGUCAAGAUGAGGAACGACCGGGAGCUCCGCGGCCGGCUGCAUGCCUACGAUCAGCACCUGAACAUGAUCCUGGGCGAUGUGGAGGAGACGGUGACGACGCUUUUGUUUUUAUUUUUUUACUCCUUUCAGUCGACCAAGAGGAACAUCCCCAUGCUGUUUGUGAGGGGGGACGGCGUCGUCCUCGUCGCUCCUCCUCUCAGGGUGGGUUAACCUGGACGAUGCCCGCCGCGAAGAAGAGUUUGCGCCGGCUGGGAAGUUUCAGAUCCGAAAGGAAGCGGGUUCUGCUUCUGUCCAAAACAAGGGGAGUUUGAUCCCACAGACUUUUGCCCACAUCAUCCUCUUAUUUUACACGAGUGAAAUUUAACAAACUAUUAACGUUCUUUUGCAAAACAUGUUUUGAGUAAAGGGGAAAAAAAGGAGGAGGGGGUCUUUUGGAAUGAUCAGUGUUAUUUCUGUUAAUGUGGGCAAGUAGUUGUUAGAUUGAUUUUGGGAUUAUUGGGGAAAUCAGGCCACAAUUUGAGUUCUCUGAAUAUUUCAACACAUAUUCAGUUCAGCCGGUUAUUAAUCCAUACAAGUUUAGUUGUUAGGCCUGAACAUUAAAAAUUAAGCUUGACUCAGCUUUAGAGGACUUGGAUGAGUCGCUGUGAGCUGCUUCAGUUCUCCUCCAACCGUCUGAUGUGACCAAAUUAAAGCAACAUUUACUUAACGGGGGGUUUUUUAUGAUUCUGGAUUUUGAAAUUUCUCGUGUAACUACGUUGGUUCCCAGGAAAAAGUCUCACAGUUACUCCAAACCCGUGAUCUGUGAAUGUUGAGUUUCUGUUGGAUGGUUUUAGUUGCAUCUUUUUAUAUGUAUUUUUUUAGUUUUUUUUUUGUGGGAUGUGGGAAUACGUCAGAUGUGUAAACGUUUGUUUUCAUUUGGUAAAGUUGAAUAAUAAAAAAAAAAAGUAAUUGGAGAAAGAAA